AUGGUCUAUCGCGCGCGACGGCGAAUUCGGCAGGCCUGCCGGACUGCGCCAGGCCCGUCUGGUGUCUGCUCUCUAACCUGCGAGUCGCAUGCGUCGCCCAGCCGUGCUCCCCAACUCUUUCCUGUACAGGUCCUGCGUCUUGACCGCUCCCAGGCUCGUGUGUUCCUUCACGUCCAGCACGACGUCUACGAGGACCUGGUCCGCGGGCAGAACCAGUCACUCGGAACAGUGCCUUCAUUUCAGCCCCCAAAGGAGCUGUUGUUACCCCGCCAAACAUCUCAAGGCCUCGCACACGCUGCGAUGCCACCAUGCGACAGAGCACAGCGUCGCACCGCACCAGUUGACCGCCUGACGUCCCACGUGUCAAUAAAGCCGUUCCCGGAGACCCGUAUUCGCGACCCUGUGCGUGGGCACAGCAGCGUCGAGCGCAAGAAACACUGGAUGCCAACCUGCCCUGCUGGCUAUCGUCUGGGUGCGAAGAUCCUUGCAGAGAGCCCUCGGUUUGUUUCGCCUGUGCUCCACCCUUCGAUCAUAGCUGCGCAAUGGUUACUGUCACUGUCAUACCACGAUACGCCAUGUGCUCCUCCGACGCAACCUCGAGCCUGCUCUCCAAGUGCUGUCGCACUGGUCUCAUCUGACGACGACGACGACGACGACGACGAGAUUGGCCGGCCUUAUCGCUGA